CAGCUGCUUGUUCGACGGUGAGCGACGGUGUAAUAGGUAAUGUGUGUCCCUCGUCAUUGGUUGAUGUGUAGGCAAUAAUUGAUGACGUAUUUCACAACCAUGUGCGCGCAGUUCAGAAUUUGAGAAAGACGAAAAUGGCUGACGAACAAAUGGAGGCAACCCCCAGCAGUAGCAGUGGCACCACCAAUGGCCCUGCAGGUCCGGUCCUACCCGCAGAGGACAUGACAUCCAAAGAUUACUACUUCGACUCCUACGCACAUUUCGGCAUCCAUGAGGAAAUGUUGAAAGAUGAAGUACGAACCCUGACGUACAGAAACUCCAUGUAUUACAACAAGCACCUGUUCAAGGGGAAGACAGUCUUGGAUGUUGGAUGUGGAACAGGGAUCCUCUGUAUGUUCGCAGCCAAGGCUGGGGCUGCCAAGGUCAUCGGUAUCGAGUGCUCAAACAUCAUUGAGUAUGCGGAGAAAAUAGUGAAAGCCAACCACCUUGAUAAUGUUAUCUCUCUUGUACGAGGCAAGGUCGAGGAAGUAGUGCUGCCCGAUGGAGUAGAGAAGGUGGACAUCAUCAUCAGUGAAUGGAUGGGCUACUGCCUGUUCUACGAGUCAAUGCUCAAGACUGUAAUCUUCGCCAGAGACAAGUGGCUGGCACCAGGAGGUUUGAUCUUCCCUGACAGAGCAACCCUGUACAUUACAGGAAUCGAAGACCGUCAGUACAAGGAUGAGAAGAUUAACUGGUGGGACAAUGUCUAUGGAUUUGACAUGAGUGUCAUCCGAAGUGUAGCAAUCUCCGAACCCCUUGUGGACGUGGUUGAUCCCAAACAAGUUGUCUCAAAUUCUUGUCUUAUAAAGGAAGUUGAUAUCUACACAGUAACAGAGGAUGACAUGACCUUCACCUCACCGUUCCACUUGCAAUGUCGGCGUAAUGACUACUGUCACGCAUUAGUCACAUUCUUCAACAUGGAGUUCACAAAAUGCCACAAGCGAACAGGUUUCUCCACAGCACCUGAGGCGCCAUACACCCACUGGAAGCAGACAGUGUUCUACCUGGGAGAGAACGACCUGACCAUAAAGAAGGGGGAGGAGAUCUAUGGAACGUUUUCCAUGACACCUAACAAAAGCAACAAUAGAGAUCUUGAUUUUGUAGUUGAUGUGGACUUCAAGGGUGAGCUGUCUGAGAUGUCUGACACAUUAAAAUACAAGAUGCGCUAGGUGUUUUUAAGUAUAUGAACUGGUUUAGAAGCUGCUGAUGCUGCCUUGGAGGAGAGGGAGGGGCAAUGAAAUUGGAACUCCAUCAUGAUGUUAGAGACUCCGUUAUCGAUGUGCUCUUGCUGCUGUGGUGUGAAUAACGAUUGACGUUGCGCCAAAAGUAAAACCAGUGAGAUUUUCUCCCAAUACCGGAGCACUACAUCAAGUUAAGCAUUGCGUUGCUCGACGGAUCUGUCAUGUCAUGAAGCGUGACUUAACAGCUAUAACUGUUAAAUUUGAUUUUUGUGUAGGGAUUACAUUGAAAUGUUUGUGAAUGUAUUUUGGUGGAAUUUGUUUUUCAAAUCAUGCUUCAGACAAAACUGAAAAAAAUAUGGGAAUUGACAUGGUGUCCCAUCUUCUGACAUAAUCAAACACGCUUGCUUCAUUCCUGUACAUUUGGGAGAAUUCAAUUUGUUUUUCAUAUCAGUACAUUCUGGGAAUCGAGGGAAGCUGCUUUCCGUGACAACAGAAGUAGCCACUAUUUUUAACAGAUAGUUUUAAUGUAAAUGAAGAAAGAGUGUCUGCAUAAAAACAGGUUUUCUUGUUAGCAUUAAGAAACAAAAAAAUAUCAAUUUGCAUUUAUGUAUGUUUAGUAUUUUAAGCCUUUACAUGUCGCCAUCAUCUCAUUUGAUGCUCAUUGUCAACACUGUUGCCAAGGUAACGAACUGGGGGAGUGUAUAGAUGUUCGAAGCAUAUUUUCAGAUAACAUUCUGUGCUGUUAUGGAGGUUACAAAAUGAAUUUAACAUGUGUCUUUCAGAUUCAGAUGAUUAUAGACUAGACAUACCAUCUCAAAGAAUGUUAAUUUGACUAUAUUGCUUUGACACAGCCCCUCUUGUUACUUGGCAACAGUAUUAAGCGCAUGUCAUAACUUUCAUGAUUUCAAAAAUAUUUAUCACUGUAGGCAAACAAUAAACAGUGUCACUUGUUAUGCUUGGUAGAAUGUCCUAUUUGAAUUUGUUUUACUAAAUCUGGAUCUAUUGAACUGAUUGGCUGUUGGUAUAGUGACUCUCUGGCAGUUGCACAGUCCUAGAAUACAUGUACAAUGCGUGUAAAAGUUGGAGCCACAAUUAACAGGAGUCCAGGCCAUCAGGCCAAAAACUGUUGCUGUGGCUCCUGAAAUACAGCACUGGAAGUGACAGUAUUGUUAUGUAGAACUGAAAGGACAACAUUUUGGUGAUUGAAAAUCAUCUUGGAGAUCGUUUUUGUAAAUGGCUGUGCUAGAUCUGUUUCAACAUUUCACAUAAAGUCACCAGUAAACAACCAAAGAAACUCGCA